AUGGGAGUUGAAGAGCUGUUCACAUAAACUUUCUAUAAAUACUGCAGAUUUGCAGGUGCUUUCUGAGCAAAAGCUUUUGUUUAUAGGAGUUUCAAUCAUUCUUUUAUCAUUAUGAGUUAGAAUAAACAUUGUGAGGAUUAGUGCUAAAUUUGUUGCUUGGUAACUACAGUAACAAGAUUUGCUUAGCCUCGGGUUCUGACCUGAAAUGUCGCCUAUCCAUGUUCUCCAUAAAGGAUGCCUGUCAUGCAGAAUUGCUCCAGUACUUAGUGUCUUUUUUUAGGCUAGCUUAUUUGGUUGAAAUAGUUGGAAUUUCUCCACCAUAAUAUGAGAACAUGCUUUGUUUUUACAGUAUUAAUUGAGACGGGGAGAAAGGAAACGGGGCAACUGCACCGGCUCAACCUUAGUCUCUUGAUGACAUACCUACAGCUGAACAGCAGCAAAGAGUAUGUGAUAAUAGAGCAGCUCACUGGAAGUUACAUCUUUCAAUGCAGAAUACAGACAGAAGAUCAGUUCCCCAAGCGGGAAGAAUAAAACAUAAGUUUGGAGUCAGAAAGGGUCAGUUAAAGAGAAACUAAGGGUCCAAAGGAAAUUAAUGGCAAGGAGUGGAAGUGUUGGUGGAGUGGGAAUGAGCACUACUCAAAGAUGGCUCAAUCCUGAAAUAAUGGAGUCCCAGACUCACUGGCAACUUACUAAUAAAAUUUAAAAAAAUAAACUCUCCCUUUAAUGCUUGCUUCAAGGUGGGAUUGUGUAUGUCCAAUAAAUUUGAGCAAGAUAUGUUCCUGCAAGUUCCCAGUGGCCUCCAUGUGUAAGAGUACAAAAUGCAUAGAUUAAGAUCUCUAAAUCUCACACAAUUUAAUCUAAAAUACACUUUGUAUCUAAAUUGGUAUGCUAAUCUUUACAACACUGCAAAAUUCCACUAGUAUGUUACUCGUACACCAUGAUUAUAUUUACCAUUAAGGUCUGAGAAAAAUCAAUCUUAUAUAACAAAUUGCUACAUAAUAAAAUAUUCAGACUUUUUUUCCCUCCAAUUGCUACCUGAUGCCCAAUCUGUUGUAGCCAAAAGGGACCUGCUCCAAACUGGAGGAUGAGACAGAUGUUCGGCAGCUGUGGUGGGGCCUGAAUACAAUCACCUCCUACAAGGCGAAAUCAGGAGGCAGCUCGAAUGUCGGCAAAACAUCACUCCCUGACGAGCUCAAUGCGUUUUACGCACGCUUUGAUAGGGAGAAUACUGAUGUGCCUUCCCGAGCCCCCAUUCUCUGUGAUGGUAUUUCAGUCUCAGUCACAGAGGCCGACGUCAGGAAAUCCUUCAGAGGGGUGAACCCUCGAAAAGCGCCUGAACCUGAUGGUAUACCCGGUCGUGUUCUAAAAACCUGUGCGGACCAACUGCCUGGAGUCUUUAUGGACAUUUUCAACCUCUCACUUCUGAGGUCUGAGGUCCCCACCUGCUUUAAAAGGGCAUCAAUUAUACAAGUGCCCAAGAAGAGUAAGGUGACGUGCCUCAAUGACUAUCGACCAAUGGCACUAACGCCGGUGGUGAUGAAGUGCUUUGAGAGGUUGAUCAUGGAGCAAAUCAACUCCUACCUCGACAAAAACCUGGACCCACUGCAGUUCGCUUACCGCCACAACACUUCAACGGUGGAUGCGAUCUCGCUGGCCCUCCACUCUGCUCUGGACCACUUGGACAACAAAAACUCAUAUGUCAGGCUGUUAUUCAUUGAUUACAGCUCGGCAUUUAACACAAUCAUCCCUUCCAAGCUGGUUACCAAACUCGCAUUACUGGGUCUCUGCGCAUCCCUCUGCAAUUGGAUCCUCGACUUCCUCAGUCACAGACCACAGUCUGUUCGUAUUGGUGGAAAUGUAUCAGCCUCAAUAACAAUCUGUACGGGAGCACCACAAGGCUGCGUGCUUAGCCACCUGCUGUACUCACUCUAUACUUAUGACUGCGUAGCCGGUCACAGUGUGAACUCCAUCAAGUUCGCUGACGACACCACUGUUGUGGGACGUAUAGCUGAUGGGGAUGAGUCAGAGUAUAGAAGAGAGAUCGAGCAACUGUCCAUAUGGUGCCAGCACAAUAACUUGUCCCUCAACACCAGCAAAACCAAGGAACUGAUUGUGGACUUUGGAAGGAGUAGGAUGGGGACCCACAGCCCCGUUUAUAUCAAUGGUUGAAAGGGUCAAGAGCUUCAAAUUCCUGGGCGUGUACAUCUCUGAAGAUCUUUCCUGGUCCGAGAACACUAAUGCAAUUAUCAAGAAAGCUCAUCAGCGCCUCUACUUCCUGAGAAGACUACAGAGAGUCGGUUUGUCAAGGAAGACUCUCUCUAACUUCUACAGGUACACAGUAGAGAGCAUGCUGACCGGUUGCAUCAUGGCUUGGUUUGGCAACUUGAGCGCCCUGGAAAGGAAAAGACUACAAAAAGUAGUAAACGGCUCUGACCUUCCUUUCAUCGAGGGGAUUUAUCACAGUCGCUGCCUCAAAAAGGCUGGCAGUAUCAUCAAAGACCCACAACAUCCUGGCCACACACUCAUCUCCCUGCUACCUUCAGGUAGAAGGUACAGGAGCUUGAAGACUGCCACAACCAGGUUCAGGAAUAGCUAUUUCCCCACAGCCAUCAGGCUAUUAAACCUGGCUCGGACAAAACUUUGAUUAUUAAUAACCAAUUAUCUGUUAUUUGUACUUUAUCAUUUUAUUUAUUCAUGUGUGUAUAUAUUUAUAUUAUAGUAUAUGGACACAUUGAUCUGUUUUGUAGUAAAUGCCUACUAUGUUCUGUGUGCUGAAGCAAGGCAAGAAUUUCAUUGUCCUAUCAGGGACACAUGACAAUAAACUCACUUGAACAUGAACUUGAUCUACACUCUGCAAUUUUGCUGCAAUGUUACUAGUUCAAAGGGUAGUCAUGUAAUACGUUUCCUUUAAACACAAAUACGGUUAAGAAUUUGCAAAAUAGUAAUUUGCUGAUCGUUAUCGAUGCAAAUCUACAAAACUAGUCACCGUGAGAACAUGCUACACAGCAUUUGAAGUCUUUUUCGGGUAUUGUGGGAACAGUACACAUUCGUUAUGAGAAAUGUUCUCUGCGCAAAGUUUUGCAGUCGACACUUUAAUGGGUCUACCCCCACCAAGUUCAAAUGUAUUUGGAGAAAUUUUUAAUUUUUCGUUCCCAAUUUUGCAGGGCAUUUCUUUCCCCCGGGAGCCCAUAAAGACACAACAGUUCAAUCAUAUUCAUACACUAUUUAAUCUAAGAUACAUUUGGUCUUAUUACCGUGUCUAUCGGCAUACUCAUUUUUCACAACACUGCAAUAUUGAUGAAGCCACCCCAUCCUGGCGGUGGACGCAGGUUGCAUCAAAGAAUCUUUGGGUUGUGGGAGAGCGGCGACCCUUGAACCCCGUCACAUGGCCGGAAACUACUGCUGUUUGUUUCGGCGGCCCGGUUGCCAUGGUAACGGAUGGUGGAGGCGAAGCGAGGACCCGGGACAUCGAGGAUUGUCUGCUGUAACAGGAUCAAAGCAAGUUGUUUAUAUUGAAUGCAAUCAUGGAGGUGGAAAAUCAUGCUGUCCUGCAGUUAAGUAAUCAUGGUCAGGCCCUUAUGAAGCCGGCAAUUCUUCCAAAUGACAGAUUGGUGGAGGAACCUAAGCAUGGAGACGUGCCAAAUCAUUUACUGGAAACAAAGAUCUAUAACACAUUACAGAGUAACACAACAAUUAAGGCUAUCCCUGCGGUGCUACAUUUUGGAGGCUUUGAGAUAGGAAAACAUCAUCAACAGCAUCUGAAACUGCUAAAUAUUUCUUCAGCAACGACAAACAUUCACAUUCUAACUCCUCAGACAAAAUAUUUCCAAAUUAAAUAUACCAAAAAGAAUCACUUGGUCCCUGGAAUGUCAUUUAUUGUUACAGUUGAUUUCUGUCCUAAUGAAUGGCGAUAUUAUUAUGACAGUAUUCGCAUUCAUUGCAAGGAUGAUGAAACACUACUUGUUCCUGUGCAUGCAUAUCCUGUUGCAAAUAUAGUGGAUUUCCCUACUUACUUGAGUAUAAUUGAAGUCACUCUUGGGGAAAGCAAAGAAAUCAUAAUUCCUUUGCGAUGUAGCUGCCCAGUUGAUUUUGAAUUUCAGCUGAGUUGUCCACAAAUGCAUCCUGCAUUCAAAAUUCAGCCUACAUCAGGAAUAAUACCAGCUGAUGAACAAAUUGACCUUGUUGUCACUUACACACCUACUAACCGUGCUAUGGCUCAAAUUGAGGUGCAGCUCAUCGUUUCAGAGUUUAACACAAAACCCUACAAAUGUAUUAUCGUUGGAAAUUACUCUCCAGGGGUUAAAUUUAUGCCUCAUACUGAACAUGAAGAAAGUAAAGAUAUCACCACAAGAAAGUUAUUAGAUCGUCGGAGUAUUUCACCAAUACAGAUUUCAAGAAAAAAGAGACAUCAGAAAAAAGUAUUGGAUCAUACCGUUGGGAAAUUACAGGAAAUAAAGUUUCCAGCAGAUUUGUCUAAUCCACAUGCUGUAGCCCUUGUAUUAAACCAGAAACCUGGCAAACUACGAAUUAAAGAUCUGCGAGAGGCAUUGGCUCGCGUUCAAGGAGCAUCACAAGGCAGACAGGCAAAAGAAGCAAUGUUUAAUCAAAAGGUCAACAAUAUUGUCAAGUCGGAGAAAGCUAACCAAUUACAAUGGCAGUCACACCUUGGUAGAGAUCCAAUUUCUCCUGAAGCUAAACAAUUGAUUCUGGAAAAUAGACACCAAGCAGAUGAAGAAUACAAGGUGUCCAUGGAUGUCCAUGUACCAGAGAACGAAUAUCAAAGGCAAAAAACAAAGAUUUCAUUGAUCCGUGUCCUCCGAUCUGUUGGACAGUUUCCAAGCUGCACCCCACAAUUUGACCCAUAUACAAAUGAUCCCUGGGAUGUCCGCAAGAGAAAUCUCAAACAAUUUCAGCUGGCUGCACGAAAGGUUAUCAUACAAUGCAGAGUAAAUCAUAGGUUGAUUUUGUUGCGAAAACCUGUUAAAGAACUUAAAAUUCAAACAAGUUUCAUUAAUUUCAAUGACAACAACAGAGUCGCCGUCGAUUAUUCAGAUCAGGAAACUAAAAAGUUUCAGGCAAAUCUUUCAAUGGAUAAACCUCUGCCUUUUACAUUCCCUUUUUAUGUCUCUCCUGACUGGAGUGAUGAAUUAGCUGCUAAUGCACUUGGAUCUGUGCCUGUCAAACCAUCAGAAGUAAGAAUCAAUCGAGUGGUCCCAUACUUCAACCUAAAGGCUUUCCAUCAUUCUCAGAUAAUGAAUUAUGUAUCGUAUUCUGCCCAGAAUACUUCACUUCGUUAUGUUCCAUUGACUUUGGCACGGCCUCUCAGGACAGGAGCAGAGGAUGAAUGUAUCAUAAUAUCACCACCUGGCAAAAAUCAAAUUGGAAUUAAAACUGACACACAUUUGGAUAAACAGCGCACACAAAAAGCUUCGGGAAAGGAUGAAGAUUUUUUUGCAGGCACAUUAACCUUAAUUCCCCCUGAAGAGUUACUCAAACACCCAGGCUAUCAUCCAUUAUAUGUGUUUAACCUUGUUCCUGACCUUUGUACAUUUAAGUCACCUCUUUCGUUCGCUGAAACAGAUCUGGAAUUUCACCUUUGUCCUUUGCCAAGAUACAUCAUAGACAGCAAAGACGGAAGCAAGUUUGCAAGCACUCAGAAGAAAUUUCUUGAUAGAGAUGAUAUAAUUAAAGGUUUAAUGAUUUGGAAGAAGUUUCCCUCUGCUGCUCUUAAGUCCUUGACGGCCACUGACUUUUUCACCAGCUCAUGGGUGCCACAAUGGAAUGAUCCAUUUCCAAUGGAUAUGCUUCCCAUUAAUACUCCUUUCCAAAUGGAUUAUAAAUUAAACGAAAACAUGGAUAAUGCACACUUGGAAAGUUCUGAAGGGGUGUUACUAACACCUGAAAUGUUGGAAGCUGAAUUCACAAUGAUCCAACAUUUAUUAUCAGAGAGUGCAAUAUUUGAACCAGAACCAGAGGAUGAUAAAAACGCAAAGCUUAAAGCCUCACAAAUAUUGCUUCCUGUUCAACCCACUUCAAGGGAAAUUCGAGAAGAACAGUUGGAGAUUUCUCUACAAGUACAGAACAACCGACUGGGAUCCAAUAUUCAAAUGCGGAUAGAGCGCCUAAAACGUUUAAGUAUCAACAAGUUGUUGCUUCUAAACUGAAAUUGAUAUUCAGUGGUAUAUUGCAGUUCCAAACCACGACAGUUAUCCAUUUACUUAUUUUAAAAGACUAAUGUGCUGCUUCGUACACAAUCAUUUUAAUACGUAAAUCGCUUUUUAAAAAGUUGUUGAAAGAGUAUAAUUAUCCAUGGAGUAUAAUUGUCCAUGGAGUUUGUGCCAUUAUGAUAUACCAGGAAAUCUAUGUACCCAUAUUGCAAUUUGGAGUGAAUCUUGUACAUAAACUCAAAACUAGAAUUAAAUUUACAAAUUAUUCAUUUUUGUGAAGUUCUGUAUUUUCAAGCAUUCAUUUUAAAGGUUUCUACUCAAGGACAAUUUAUUUCUGUGGGGCCUUUUUGUGGUGAAGAUUUUCCAAUCUCCCAUGGUAGGAGACU